CAUGUGCGUCAUUCUGUUUCCGGAAUUGCGCCGCCAUUGAAACACCAGCAACCAACGUGAGAUUUUCGUUGCAGCGCCAAAAAUUAUUAAAUUUAAUUUUACAUUGAUUACCUCUUCUGAUUAUAUCUGAAUAUUAUUGAGAAGAAUGGCGUACAGAGGACAAGGACAGAAAGUUCAGAAGGUCAUGGUGCAGCCCAUUAACCUUAUUUUCAGGUAUCUACAGAAUCGUUCCCGAAUCCAGGUAUGGCUCUACGAACAGGUCAACAUGCGGAUAGAGGGCUGCAUCAUUGGAUUCGAUGAGUACAUGAACUUGGUUUUGGAUGAUGCAGAGGAGGUUCACAUGAAGACCAAGAACAGGAAGCCCCUGGGACGGGUUAUGUUGAAAGGAGACAACAUCACAUUGCUGCAGAGUGUGUCCAAUUGAUCGUCUGAUAGGAGUUCAUCUGAAUAUGCUUGUUUGCUGUUAGAUUGUUGGUUUUACUUUGUUUUCAUUUGUCAAUAUUUGGAUUAAUGACGCAUUCUUAUAAUUGUGGAAACCUUUUUUGUUAUUUCUGAUUUUCCAAAAUAAACAAUUUUUUUCUCUA